AUGAAACAAAACCGACUAGACCCAAAUGUACCCCCUGUCAUUCACUCACCGAGACGCGUGCCAAUAWGCCUCAAAGAUGACAUUAAACGGGAACUAGAUGAGAUGGCCGCCCAAGGUAUCAUCACCAAAGUACGAGAAGGGGAGCCGACGGCAUGGGUCAAUAGUUUAGUAUACAGAAGGAAACCCACUGGCAGACUUAGAAUAUGUCUUGACCCUAAGGAUUUAAAUGCUGCCAUACAACGAGACCAUCACGUAACACCYACCCUUGAGGAAAUCUUGCCCAAGCUGAGCGGAUCAAAAUAUUUCUCCAUUCUAGACGCGAAGUGUGGAUAUUGGAAUGUUGUACUCGACACACCAUCAAGUUACCUGACUACCUUCAAUUCCCCAUUUGGCCGMUACAGGUUUAAACGAAUGCCAUUUGGACUGAGAAUGUCGCAAGACGUUUUYCAAGCCAAGAUUGACCAGACAUUUGAGGGUUGCGAUGGUGUUAUCGGCAUCGUGGAUGACAUCGUGGUUUACGGAAAAACGGAGGAAGAACAUGACAUCAAUUUAAAGGCGAUGGUUGAGAAAUGCAAAGAAACAGGCCUAAAACUCAACCCAGACAAGUGCCAUAUCAAACAGAACAAAAUAAAGUUCUACGGCAUCAUCUGCAGUGAAAACGCAUCCUGA